UUGUGGCGAGAAGGGGAGAGGCGUGGCCAUUUCGUGGACGCGGCCCCCUGGGCGGGCCCAGUGAGAGCCGGAGGGGGCCCUUGAGAAGACGCGGAACUGUGGACUGGGACUGAGGAGGCUGUGAAAUGUGAAGUCUGAAUUGGGAAAGUAUAACAGAAAGAGGCUAUUUUGACACCAUGUUUUUGACACAGUUUUUUUCUAGGCACACCUGUUUACAGAAAUCUUUAAUAGCAAGCAGCCUCGGAGAAAUAAUUUCAAAAUGGUGCUGGAGUGAUUAUUUAAGAAGAACGUCUGCUUGCUAUGGCAAGUGUUUCUCUACUAAAGUAGUUCUGGGAAUAGAAACUAGCUGUGAUGAUACAGGAGCUGCAGUGGUAGAUGAAACUGGCAACAUUUUAGGAGAAGCUUUGCAUUCUCAAACUGAAGCUCAUUUGAAAACAGGUGGUAUUAUUCCUCCGAUAGCACAGCAGCUUCACCAAGAAAAUAUUGUGAGGAUAGUACAACAAGCACUCUCUGUCAGUGGCAUUAGUGUGCAUGAACUCUCAGCUGUUGCAACAACUGUAAAGCCAGGGCUUGCUUUAAGCCUUGGAGUUGGAUUGAACUAUAGUAUAGGCCUGGUGGAGAAAUACAAGAAGCCUUUCAUUCCUAUCCAUCAUAUGGAGGCACAUGCGCUUACUGUGCGGCUGACCAACCACGUGGAGUUUCCAUUCCUAGUACUUUUGCUCUCCGGGGGACACUGUAUACUGGCUGUGGCACAAGGAGUUUCAGAUUUUCUUGUCCUUGGACAAACAUUGGACAUUGCACCAGGGGACAUGCUGGAUAAGGUAGCCAGAAGACUUUGUUUGCGAAAGCACCCAGAUUGCUCUGGCUUGAGUGGUGGAAGAGCAAUAGAAUAUUUGGCACAGCAUGGAAAUAUGCUGAAUGUUGAAUUCACAAUUCCCAUGGAGCGACAGCGUGAUUGCAACUUCUCCUUUGCUGGACUUCAGUCCCAAGUCAACAGAGUGAUUGUACAGAAAGAAAAGGUGGAAGGCAUUCAGGAAGGCCAGCUCCUGUCCUGUGUCUCAGAACUUGCUGCCACAGUCCAGUACGCAGUCACUGCUCACAUUGCUAAGCGAACACACCGAGCCAUUCUCUUUUGCAGAAGGAAGAAUCUCUUGCCCCAAAAGAAUGCAACAUUGGUGGUUUCAGGAGGUGUUGCAUGUAACCAAUAUAUCCGCAGAGCUCUGCAGAUUGUAGCUGAUGCCACUGACUUCACCUUGCUAUGUCCACCCCCAAGACUCUGCACUGACAAUGGAGUUAUGAUUGCAUGGAAUGGCGUUGAACGGCUUUGUGCAGGAGUGGGUGUCUUACACAGUACAGAAGGCAUAAGAUACGAACCAACAGCUCCUCUUGGAACUGACAUCUCAGAACAAGUCAGAGAAGCUUCCAUCAAAGUGCCAGCACUAAAUUUGAUAAUCUGAUGUCUUAUUUUUUCAAGAACUAGGUGUGAAUAAUGAAUGCUGUCAGAAUUGCUGCCCUCUUUUCUGGCCAGGUUGGCUGCCAUUUUCUUGUGGAAAAGCAGGGUACAUGUCAAAUGAAGAUAAAUUCUGUAACAGUGGUAUUCAUCCUCCAGCAUGCAGUUGCUGAUACAUUUCAUACUAAGCUAGGAAGCAAGUUGGAAUAUCAAAAUGAAACAUAUACAGAGGACAGCGCAGAAGCUGAAUAGGAAGAAGAUAUUUCUUAACAUUUUAUCCUCUUUUGUAAAUCUGUUCUUUUAAUCAGAUAUAAAAUAAGACUAGCAUUUUUCAGUGUGACUAACUGAAAACCUUAUGAAGUAGGAAGUGUGGUUAUUUUCAAUUAUUUGUGUACUUGAAUACAUUUGCUUAGUUAGACCUGUUAACUGUGAAGUAAAGUUAAUACAAUCACUUUUUGAGCUCACUCUUAAUUUUACAAAGUCUGUAAACUAGUUUGUUUUUUAAGCAUUCUGGAACUUUUUUAACAAGAUAAUUGACUGGUAAAGAAUUGCACUCCCUUUGCCUGUAAUGCAGUAACUGUAGUUGAACACAUUCUGAUUUGAUAUCUCAGUAUAAUUAGGUGCAAACUUUAAUGGCAUGGCUGCACCUUUCAAAUUAAGAGUACCAGUUCAAACUUUACACCUGCCUUCCACAUACAGCAGGAUACUGCUGUAUGUCUUCCUCAUACAGCAGAGAAAUUUUAAUGUGAUACCUGCCUGGAGAGAUGGGCUAUUGGGAAUGAACAUCACUGUGCUAUGCUAGGAAAUAAUUUUAUGUUAAAUCUUGACCACAUCUUGACCCUGGAACUCAGCUCAAGUGAGCAAAGAAAGAUGCAAAAAGCACUGUAAUCAGUCACCUCCCUAGAACACUUAGCCGUCCCUUUGCAACUUAGUGUGCAAAUUUAUUGCAUAAUUCUUCAUUUGAAGUUAAAAUAUCGACUUGAACCUCAUCCCUAUUUUGAAGGUUGAGAGGAGGAAAGAUGUAAAACAUUCAAGUGUUACCUUCUGUAAGGUUUGGCAUAUUAAGAGGAGAGCUUGAGGCCAUGAAAUAAUUCUCAGUUUCCAGCUUGACCCUACACCAUGUGCAAAAGAAGUAAAUACACUAUAGUUUUAUUGUUUGAAGUAAAACCUAAUAAAGCUGGGUAAAAUUAAGAUUGCAGGUUGGGAUGCAAUCCAGCCAUCACUAAACUGUAUAAGGGAGCAAUCUUCUACAUGCUUAGACAGAAAAAGUUCCUACAAAUCCCAUCAUUCCCCAAAAAGAAGUUCCAGCAUGCUAGCUGAGGGAUGUUGGAAGGUACAGGUCUUUUUUCAGUCUACCCAUACAUAAGACUGCAUCCUAAGCCCAAUUUGUUUUCUGUGUCUGAGGGUGUACUUACCUCUGUCCUACUGAAAUCAAGGAUACUUGAAGUUGCUUAACUUCAGAUAGGUAAUACUAAAAGCCCAUUUAAUCAGUGUUAUGGAAUACGUAGUUAUCAGAAUCCCGUGUUAACACGGUGGCAUAUUGGUUAGAGUGGAGAUCUGGCAGAUCCCAGUUCUAGCCUAUGGACCAGUCACUUACUCUCAGCCUAAUCUAUCUCACAGGGUUGUUGCUGUGGAGAUAAGAUGGAAUGGAGGAGGGCGAUGUAAUCUACCUUGAAUUCCUUGUCAAAGGAAAAAACUGGAGGUAAUAAUAAUCUGGUGCGCCUUCACAGUCUUGAAGCAUGACUAUUAUUCCUAAUAUUCAGAUGCUAUUCAGAGUAGUGGCAAGCUGAUUUGUUUUAUUAGAUUGGCUGCCUUGAUUAUGGUAGCUUAAAGAUACCUUCUAUUUGUGCAGAAGUAAGGCACAUUCUUAGGUCUUAACUCCCCAGGAAAUUUGCUUAGCACUGCAGCCUAAAACAUUUUAAAAGACAUAUGCAUAAGUUAUUUUUAACAUGCCCUUAAUUUUCUAUACUAUGAAAGAAAACAUUAACUUCAUCCACUGCACAUAAGUUAUUUUUAAGACAUGAAGGUUUACAUAUAUUUCCAGUGCUUUUAUUCUCUACCAUUGCAGAAAAUUCUUCCAUUAUUACUAACCCUGUGCUAGAGGUAUUAGCAGCAGCUUUUAUUUUCUUUGCUAUUGCAAUGUAGGAACUGUGUUCAAGCUUUUUUUCCCUGGCAAAUUACUCCUGAGAGUGCUGAUGUUAACAAUUCUUGGUCUUGAAACUUGAAUGAGGUCUGAUGUUGUGGUGUGUGGAAAAGGAUAGUGUCCAGAGACUGGAAUGCGGGGCUUCUCCAACAUUCUUAAUCUGCCCAUUAGAUGAGUUGUUGUGGGCAUUAAAAAGAGGGAAUCCUUUGGA